AUGUCUCUGCUUCCGCAAGAUGUCCACGCAGAGCUUUCACAGCUUCUGCAGGCUCUGCAGUCCCCCGACAAUAGUAUACGAUCUCAAGCCGAAGAGCAUUUGCAGAACAACUGGACCGCCAGUCGUCCCGAGGUUCUGUUGAUGGGACUGGCGGAGCAAAUUCAAGGCGCUGGCGACAAUGCGACACGAUCCUUCGCCGCUGUUAUCUUCCGUCGAAUUGCUUCCAAGACCCGCAAGAACGAUGCUGGAGAGAGCAUGGACCUCUUUCUGUCCCUGACCAAGGACCAAGCCGCCGUCAUUCGUCAGAAGCUUCUCGAGACACUCGCCGCUGAGUCUGAUCGUCUCGUUCGCAACAAGAUUAGUGAUGCUGUUGCCGAGCUUGCCAGACAAUACACAGAGAACGGUGAUGCUUGGCCCGAUUUGCUCAGUGCUCUUUUCCAGCUCAGCCAAGCGCCCGAGGCCGAGAAGCGAGAAAAUGCGUUCCGAGUGUUUGCUACAACUCCUGCAAUCAUCGAGAAGCAGCACGAGGAAGCAGUUCUUCAAGCUUUCCAAAAAGGCUUCAAGGACGACGCCGUUAUGCUGCAGGUCCGCCUUGCCGCCAUGGAAGCCUUUGCUUCAUUCUUCCGAACCAUCAGUAAGAAGGGACAGGCCAAAUACUACGCCCUUAUUCCUGAUGUGCUCAACAUUCUCCCUCCGAUCAAGGAUACGCAGGACUCCGACGACCUCAGCAAGGCGCUACUUGCUCUUAUCGAUCUCGCCGAGUCAGCUCCCAAGAUGUUCAAGCCUCUCUUUUCAAACCUUGUUCAAUUCAGCAUCUCUGUAGUCCAGGACAAGGAACUCGAUAACAUCUGCCGCCAGAACGCCCUGGAGCUUAUGGCUACUUUUGCCGACUAUGCGCCCUCCGUUUGCCGAAAGGACCCCUCUUACACAAACGACAUGAUUACGCAGUGUUUGAGUCUCAUGACGGAUCUUGGUGAAGAUGAUGACGAUGCAUCUGAGUGGAUGGCGUCAGACGAUUUUGACCAGGAUGAGAGUGAUCAGAACCAUGUUGCUGGUGAGCAGACCAUGGAUCGACUUGCAAACAAGCUUGGUGGCCAGACCAUCCUGGCUCCUACUUUCAACUGGCUCCCUCGUAUGAUGACUUCCAUGGCCUGGAGGGACAGGCACGCUGCUCUGAUGGCUAUCUCAGCUAUCUCGGAAGGUUGUCGCGAUCUCAUGAUUGGCGAGCUCAGCCAGGUGCUUGAUUUGGUGGUUCCCGCACUCCAAGAUCCUCACCCUCGAGUCCGAUGGGCUGGCUGCAAUGCUCUUGGUCAGAUGAGCACCGAUUUUGCCCCCAAAAUGCAAACCGACUACUACGACCGUGUUCUCAAGGCCAUUGUUCCUGUCUUGAGCUCCCCCGAGGGUCGAGUCAAGUCCCAUGCAGCUGCUGCUCUUGUCAACUUCUGUGAGGAGGCUGAGAAGGCCACUCUUGAGCCAUACCUGGAUGAGCUUCUGUCACAACUUUUCCAGCUUCUUCAGAACGACAAGCGAUACGUCCAGGAGCAAGCUCUUUCGACAAUUGCCACCAUUGCUGAUGCUGCCGAGGCGGCCUUUUCCAAGUACUACGAUACUCUUAUGCCUCUCCUUGUUAACGUUCUCCAGAACCAAAGCGAGAAGGAGUACCGACUUCUGCGCGCCAAGGCCAUGGAAUGUGCUACGUUGAUUGCCCUGGCUGUUGGAAAGGAACGCCUCGGCCAGGACGCCAUGACCCUUGUUAACCUCCUCGCCAAUAUCCAGGCCAACAUUACCGACGCUGAUGACCCUCAGGCACAGUACCUCAUGCACUGCUGGGGCCCCAAGGCUGAUAUUCAGCUGCUGGAUGACGAUGACCAGGUCGAGCAGAUGCAGAACGAGGAAGGUUGGGAGCUUGUUCCCCUUAAGGAUUGCCCUUCCUGGUCUUCAUUCUUCUUCCACGACCCUGUCAGAUACAUCUCCGCCAAGCUUGUCCCUCAGCUCCUGAGUUCCUACAAGAAAGCCUACGGCCCUCAAUCUGCUGAACUCCGUGGUUUGUGGAAUGCCACUGUCGACAAGCUUCUCGAGGUCCUGACUGCAGAACCUGCUAUUGACACUCUUGCCGAGAUGUAUCAAUGCUUCUACGAGUCUGUUGAGGUGGUAGGAAGGGAAUGUCUUUCUGGCGAUCAUCUAAACCGGUUUAUCGACUCCGUUCACUCUGCACUUGAGGACUACAAGGAUCGUGUUGCGCAACGUGAGCAGGACAAGGAAGGAGCCACCGCCGAUGACGUGGAGGAUGAGGCUGAAGAUACUCUGAUGGCAAUUGAGGACGACCAGACCCUGCUCUCGGAUAUGAACAAGGCAUUCCACGCCAUCUUCAAAAACCACGGCGCCGCAUUCUUGCCUGCUUGGGGGCGCUUGAUGACUACAUAUGAGGGUUUCCUCAGUUCUUCUGACCCCACCCAGAGACAAUGGGGUUUGUGCAUCAUGGAUGAUGUCCUCGAAUACUGUGGUCCCGAAAGCACACAGUAUGCCAACUUCAUCACACAACCUUUGAUUGACGGCUGCCGAGACCCUUCUCCGGCCAUCCGUCAGGCGGCGGCCUACGGCAUCGGAGUGGCAGCCCACCGAGGUGGAGCACCAUGGGCACAAUUCUUAGGGAGCUCAGUACCGUUCCUCUUCCAAGUUACCCAGGUUCCCGAUGCUCGCAACGAGGACAAUGUGUAUGCGACCGAGAACGCGUGCGCAGCUAUCGCCAAGAUUCUUCACUACAACUCCAGCACCGUCAAUGAUGUGCAAAAUGUGAUCACACAAUGGGUCGAGACCCUGCCGGUGAUAAAUGAUGAGGAGGCGGCCCCCUAUGCUUAUGCAUACUUGGCUGAACUGAUUGAAAAGCAACACCCAGCUGUUGUUAACCAGGUUGGCAAGGUUUUCGUUUUCAUUGCCCAAGCCCUUGAGGCAGAGACGUUGGUAGGACAGACAGCCAACCGUGUGGUCCAAGUUACCAAAGGACUCCUUCAGUCGACUUCGGUUGACCCUUCACCGCUCCUGCAACAAUUCUCUCCUCAGGCGCAACAAACUAUCAUGGGAUUCUUUAACUAGACGUGGACCCCAUCAGUAUUGGUUAUUGCGAAGCGCCGCAUGGCUGGGAUCCAAUGAGCGGCGAUGGAAGUUAUUCAUAUGGAGUCACAAAGCAUGAGUCUAAAAGAGUAAGGUCGGAUUGAUAAGCGUGCGAAUUUUACGAGGGUACAUGAAUUUUGUUUCGAUGAUACCAAAGUGAUCGCCACAAGGUGCCAGCUCCAGACCAGGAACCCGGUCAGCUGUCAAGCGCUUGUGGCAGACGAACAUCCACAGGGCGAUGCUGGUAUCGAUGCGACAGGGUGUGACACUCCUAGCUUGGCUAGGGUGGGUUCAAAAUCAGCAUCAAAAGAAUUGUCAUGCUCUAGGCAUAGGCAAGAGAAGAGAAGAGAUAGAGUACGUCGGUUCCAGGCGUCGAGGCAAAAACAAGAGGGCUUUUUGAUUAGGAAGGUUAUAUACUUGACAUCGCAAGGCGCCUUUUAAUGCUAUAUUAGAGUUAUGAAU